AUCCAGGACAGUAAUCGUGUGUGUGCACACUUGGAAUGCCAAAGGGAUCUGCACACAUACAUACAUCUCAUUAUUAUUAAUUAUUAUUUUUAUCAUUAUUAUUAUUUAUCAAACAAACAAACAUAUGCUUUCAAGAUUUCCCAUUUCAACCCAGUUUCAAUUUCAAUUUUCAUCUCUGAUUCAAUCAUCCAAGAGAGAGAAAGAAUCUUGAAAGACAGACCAAGCUGUCUUUUUGAAGUCUUUGACCCAACUGGGUCCAAGAAUCUGCUGCCUGUAAUUUCAAUUUUCAAACCAAAGGUGUUGUGAUGCUACAAAAAGCAGAAUUUUGAGACCUUAAGAAGCUGUAGAGUUUUUUUGCGAAUCUUUAUUAUAACUAUUUAUAUCGAGAAAUUAAAGAUUACAAGUAAAGGUCAACUACCGACAUCGAUUUUGAAAUCAUGGGCUGCGAAUUUUCUAGACUGUGCUCGUGUUGUGAUACCGUGCAAGACGGAGUUGUAGCUGACCCUGGUAAUGCUGAAAAUGAGGUCGGUGAGGCGAGUGAUCUGCCAGCAUUUCGUGAGUAUUCUAUUGAACAACUAAGAACAGCUACAUCUGGAUUUUCUAUCGAAAAUAUUGUGUCUGAACAUGGAGAAAAAGCCCCUAAUGUGGUCUACAAAGGGAAGUUGGCAAAUCAAAGAAGAAUUGCUGUCAAACGGUUUAAUAGAUCCGCUUGGCCUGAUGCUAGGCAGUUUCUGGAAGAAGCAAGAGCGGUUGGCCAGCUUCGAAACCCUAGAUUAGCUAAUCUGCUUGGCUGCUGUUGCGAAGGUGAUGAAAGAUUACUUGUUGCUGAAUUUAUGCCACAUGAGACUCUUGCAAAACACCUAUUUCACUGGGAAACACAACCUAUGCAAUGGGCAAUGCGAUUACGGGUGGCUUUAUAUCUUGCAGAAGCUCUAGAGUAUUGUACUAGCAGAGGACGUGCUCUUUAUCAUGAUCUUAACGCCUAUAGAAUCGUCUUUGAUGAUGAUGCAAAUCCAAGGCUUUCUUGCUUUGGGCUGAUGAAGAACAGUAGGGACGGCAAGAGUUACAGUACAAACUUAGCAUUUACUCCUCCUGAAUAUCUGAGAACUGGAAGGGUAACACCAGAAAGUGUAAUGUACAGUUUUGGUACUCUUUUGCUUGACCUUCUAAGCGGAAAACAUAUUCCACCUAGCCAUGCGCUUGAUCUGAUAAGAGACAGAAAUCUUCAAAUGCUUACUGACUCAUGCUUAGAAGGUCAAUUCUCUAAUGACGAUGGAACCGAAUUAGUACGGUUAGCUUCAAGGUGUUUGCAAUAUGAGCCACGUGAGCGCCCAAAUCCAAGAUCAUUGGUUUCUGCUUUAAUUCCCGUACAAAAGGAAACCGAGGUGGCAUCUCAUGUAUUAAUGGGCAUCGCACAAGGUGGGUCGGCUAUGCCGUUGACUGCUCUUGGAGAAGCAUGUUUAAGAACCGAUUUAACGUUCAUACAUGGAGUUAUGGAAAAAUUGGGGUACAAAGAUGAUGAGGGUGCUGCAACUGAGCUGUCAUUUGGGAUGUGGACUAAUCAAAUACAUGACACAUUGAACUCCAAGAAAAAAGGGGACUCUGCUUUUCGCCAUAAAGAGUUCAAAGCUGCAAUAGACUAUUAUACACAGUUCAUCGAUGUUGGAACGAUGGUGUCACCAACAGUUUUUGCACGGCGAAGUUUGUCACAUUUAAUGAGUGACAAUCCUCAAGAAGCACUUAACGAUGCUGUACAAGCACAAGUGAUAUCUCCAAUAUGGCAUAUCGCUUCCUACUUACAAGCUGCCGCUUUAUUUGCGCUGGGGAGGGAAAACGAAGCGCAAAUUGCACUCAGAGAAGGCACUGUUCUUGAAGAGAAACAUGAAGCUGCUUGAGAACUCGGUGUAUCUGCUACUCGCAACGAGUUGCAGAGAGAAGAGUUUGAUUUCUUUGUUUAUGGUGAAUUGUUUGCAACACUUUUUUGGUAAAAUUGGUUUUUUUUUUGUUUAACUGUCUUGUUUUUUUAUUUAAAAAAAAUUAGGGGGUGGUGUAAUGACAUGUUUUUUCUUGUUUUUUUUUGAGGAAGGCAGUAACCUUUUUUCUUCUUGAUGUUAAUACAAAAUCUUUGGUGGAUUGAAUUGGAAUGGAUUUUAUUUAUUUUUUUGGUUAA